AUGGCAUCCAAAACAAAUGUUCUCCUAUAUAUCUUUGUCAUGACAUUUACUUAUGCUGACAGCUACGGAUAUGGCUCAUGCCAAUACAACUGUGGAGGACAUACAUCAGAUUGUUCCUGUGAUUACAAUUGUUGGUAUAAUGGCAAUUGUUGCUCCGAUUUCUGUGAUCAAUGUCCUUACAUGGGCAAUGGAUACUGUCAUUCCAAUUCCGCAACAGACUUUAUUACAACAGCAGCAACAACAACAGCAGUAAUAUCAGAUAUCGUUUCAUGCCGAGACAACUGUGGAGCAUACGUCUUCGUGUGUUCCUGCGAAUCCGACUGUUCUUACUAUGGCAACUGUUGCCCAGAUUUCUGUGAUCAGUGUGCGUACAUGAAUUCCG